AUGGCUGACGGAGGGCCAUCAGCGCCGCUGCCGGGGAUGGAGGUUACCGACCAUCAACUCGCGGAGGCCCUCGACUCUCUUCUCCGCGGUGCCAACUCCUUCACCUCCCUCAACGGCGUCGUUCAGCAGCUCGAAUCCAAUUUGGGCGUCCAUCUGGGCCACAAACUCGACUUCAUUCGCACCCAGAUCCACCAUUACCUCAUCCUCCGCUCUCAGCCCCACCAGAAUUUCAUGCCCCACCAGCCGCACAAAGACCUCUUUACCCUCCCCAAUUUCCAUCCCGCUCCUUCCCCAAACUUCGCCGCGCACCUCCCCGCAGACGGGUACGGCUUCCACCCAACGCUGCCGACCCCGUCUCAGCCUCCGCCUCCACCUCCUCCUGCGCCUGCGUCGGCUGUCACGGUGGCGAGCAUCCCCGGUGUCACCGCCAAUGUCAAAGAAAGUGCUCCAUCAGGGAAAAAGAGGAAAGGUGGUCCAGGAGGGUUAAAUAAACUGUGCUGUGUUUCUCCGUUGCUUCAAACCAUUGUGGGCCAGCCAACCUUGCCAAGGACUGAGAUUGUGAGACAGUUGUGGGCUUACAUAAGGAAAAACAAUCUGCAAGACCCGAGCAAUAAAAGGAAGAUAAUUUGCAAUGACGAGCUCCGCCUGGUGUUUGAGACUGAUCGUACUGACAUGUUCCAGAUGAAUAAAUUGCUAGCUAAACAUAUAACUGCACUUGAUCCUACAAAGCAGGCAGAUCAAUGUACUAAGAAACCUAAGGUUGAUGUAGAAUCUGGGAGUCAAAGUGAUGACCCUGUUCCAAUUGUGGUGAUAUCUGAUGCACUUGCCAGCUUCUUUGGAACCAAUGAGAAGGAGAUGUCACAAUCAGAAGUGUUAAGGCAAAUCUGGGAAUACAUAAAGGUUAACCAACUUGAGGAUCCUGCGAAUUUGACAGCCAUCUUAUGUGAUGCGAAAUUACAAGAGCUUCUUGGUUGCGAGAGCAUUUCAGCAUUAGGGUUACCUGAGAUGCUGGCACAACGCCACUUAUCCAAGAAAUCAUAG